UGUAUCCGUUUGCUACACGUGUAUCACAUAAACAUUAAACAACACCAUAACACUCCUACAUUCGCAGAAAUUGUGAUAAAAACGUAUUUUAAUGGAUCCGUAUGAAGAUGAAUGCUACACACGUCUGAAACAAUUUACUGCAAGCACACCCCAACAAGAUGUGGUUAAUCUUUACUCAAAAUGGGCUGCCACUUAUGAAAAGGUUGCUGAUGAUAUUAGUUAUCAAGCACCAGUGGUUGCAGCAGAACAGCUUCACGAGGAACUUAUUAAAUAUAACUACAACCAGGAGAUUGAAAUUCUGGACCUUGGUUGUGGCACAGGUCUCGUUGGUGAACAUCUUUACAAGCUGGGAUAUAAAAAUGUAGAUGGUAUUGAUAUUAGUGAAGAAAUGUUGAAGCUUUCUGAAGCAAAAGGAGUUUACAGAUCACUAAAAAAGGGAACCAUGGGAUCAGAUGGAUCAGUUGAACUGGGAGUAACCGCUGGUCAAUACGAUGCAGUAAUUUGCGUUGGUGUUUUUGCACCUGGUCACGUGAAAGGGAAAGGGAUGGAUGACUUUAUUCAUUCCGUGAAACAAGGAGGCGUAAUAUUCUUCACAAUUAAUGAAUUAGUACUCGAUGACCCUGGCUAUGGAUUUCAUCGGAAAUUAGAGGAAAUAACAAAACAAGGAAAGUGGAAACCUAUUUCUAAAUAUUUUGAGCCAAGAUAUGCAAACGACAAAGGUGCAAUUUAUUUCAUUUUUCAAAAACAAUGAAAAAUACUUUAGCUUUUUACAAAUAUGAUACUCAUUUAUUAAAGGGGAACUCCACCCAAAAAUAAUGUUGGUCUUAAAACUUUGUCUGUCCCGUGAAAAUAAAUAUGCGGCAAUUUUUUUGUUUGUUUGAUUCAAUAUUUUCACAAAAAAUGAGUUGAAAUGCUGCAGCUAGGGCAUCCGGUGCGUGGGAGCAGAAAUAUGUCAGCGGCUUGUAUUGACGUCAUAUCGUCAAUUGCUCCUCAAAGCUUUAUGUAAAGUCAUUGCACAGUCAUAAUAAACUUGCGUCAAAAUGCUUCUCCUAAUCACAAAAUGUUUCUUUUCGGAACGUCAGAAUUUUUUAUUCGUAGGUAUAUACACAAUCAACUUUUAUAGCUUACAUGCAAGUAUUGAGCUGGUUAUUUGUAUUCUGUUUUAAUAGAACGGUUUCACAUGCAUAAAGGCCAUUAUCGCACAGUUUCCGCACUACAUAUAGAACUUGAAUGUCGAUUAAUAUUAUUUUUUAAAAAAUACGAAGGUUUCUUUGUGUGGAAACUGUGCGUAAUGCCGUUUGCUUGUCCUCCGAAUUCAACCUUAAGAACAGUUUCCACUGAUAUGAAACCAAUCUAUUGCCCCUUAAACAUUGAAUAAUAAUAAACAUGGUUGUGUAACUCAUUACGGUUAGAAAAUAAUCCUACAUAAAACCAUUGUAAAAAUAGCCAGUGCUAUGAAAAACACUCUCAUAUUGAUCACCAAUAUGAUGUGUGGCAUUUGUCUAAAUCUGUCACAAAAAAACUAACAAAGAAGGCUAACAUUAAGGGACAUGAUGACUUGACCCAUUGGAUUAAGUCCAUUUCUAAUCCUCUUUGGUGGUGCUCUACAAGUUGUAACAAGAAUGCAGAAGAAUUGGUGGAAAAAGGGAAGUCUGUCCUUAACCACAUUUCCAACAAGCAUUUCUGGAAGGUGAACACAUAUUUUCAUCAAUGUUGCCACCAACAAUUAACAGAAAAAGAAACAAAGCAGAAGAAGUGGUUAUCUCCUACUUCACAAGCAUAUAUCGCUGCAGAGAAGGUGAUAUGUGACAAGAGGCUUCUAAAAGACCUGCGGAAGCUAUCUGAGUUUUGUCACACAGGAUAGUUGGAGGUUUACCAUUCCCUUUUACUGAAAUAUUGCCCAAAGUGAGAGCAUUUUUAUUUCCUGGGAUGGUAGCCCGCACUCAGUUAGCAGCAUUAGAUCACAACAACAAUAUUAAACGUGAUAAAGCAGUCAUUAAGUCAGGGACAAACAAAGGGCAAGACCGUUACAAAAUGAUUUUUGCUAAAACACAGAAGCAAUGGGUUGUAAAGGCAAUGAAAGAAAAGAAAGAGUACCAGUACAUUGAUAAACUACUUGCGGAGGUUGUGAAUGCAUGCAAAACUGAGGAGAUUGAACUUGUACAUCAUGGCGAGAAUCUUCCAAAGAGCAUUUCUAAAUCAUGUCCACCCAGGAAAGAAGUAAGUGUAAAGGAACAUCAGUCUAGAUUUGCAUAAAAUGUCAGUGGUGAUGUUAGCUAUGGCAAUAGGUUUUGCCAUACCCAUAUAAUAUGACGUUGAAUCAGUGAAGACAACUUUUGUACUACUUAAAAAAUGUUCAUUCUUAAAUAUUAACAUAGCAAAACCUUUUGCUAUAGCUAGUUUCACCACUGCAUUACACAAACUAUUCAUGUAAUUAAUUAUAGUUAUAUUAUAACCAGUGUAAUAGCCAAGCCACAUUUAUAAUGAUUUCUUUGUAAAUCUGGUUUUUUUUUUUGUAAUAAAUUAAUAAUAAUAAAUGUGCAUAGCAUGAGCUAUAAAUGAGCUGGCUAUGCCACUUUAAUAUUGACAUACAAAGUAAUUGUAAUGGGUAUACCUAUAUCAUAAUAAAAUACUUCAUUCAUCAACAUA